AUGGGAUUCGCGCCUUUUCAGGUGGUAUACGCGGCGGUUCCCCGCGGGCCCUCGGAUCUGGUACUUCUUCCGACGCCGGGCUCGGAGGAUCGCCGUGCGGCCGAGCUGAUAGAGGACCUGCGGGCAACACAUGACCAGACGCGUGCUCGUUUGGAGGCUACCACCGCCGCGUACAAGCGGCGGGCCGAUGUUCGUCGUCGCCAUGUGGACCUGAACAAGGUGAUGAGUAUGGAUUCGAGAACCAUUCUCGAUUACGCUCUGUUUCAACUCACCCCAACAAGAACAAGGUGUGAUCUUGUGGUGUUUUCGGGGAAGAAGAGCGAGAAAGUGGCGUCGGGGCUCGUUGAGCCAUUCGUAGCCCACUUGAGAUAUGCGAAAGAGCAGAUUUUAAACGGUGGUUAUUCGAUUACCCUUCGCCCGCCGGCCGAAGCAGAUGAUGAUGUAUCAUGGUUCAAUAAGGCCACAUUUCAGAGGUUUGUACGCUUCGUGAGCACACCUGAAAUUCUCGAGAGGAUUGUACGAAUAGAAAGAGAAAUCUCGCAGAUUGAUAGUUCAAUUCAAUCUAAUGAAGUUCCAAGGUUGGAGGGAACAGUACAUCAUGGGGAAGAAAGCUUGUCGGUUGCCAAUGGGAAUAUAAGAAAGGCAAGUAGUUCCUCAAAGUCAACCUCUGAAGAAGAAGAUCAUGGGGCUGCACCUAGAGAAAAUUCAAGGGCUUGUCUUCAACGUGUCAUGGAUACUCGGAAAGCUUUACUACAGAAAGAGCAAGCUAUGGCUUAUGCACGUGCAGUUGUGGCAGGAUAUGAGAUCGAGACAAUCGAUGAUCUCGUAUGCUUUGCUGACACGUUCGGCGCCUCACGUAUGAGAGACGCGUGCAUUGAUUUCAAGGAGCUUUACAAGAAAAAGCAUUCAGAUGACCAAUGGAUGGAUGAAUUAGCUGCUGUACAAGCGUACCCUAUGCCCGAUCACUCGUACAUGGGAGCAUCUGGAAUUAUGCUGACGGCUGAUAGUUUUAAUGGCAAUGUCACUCUACCAGACUCAACUGGUACUCCAACCAAAGAAAAUAAUGUUGCGGCAACUGAGCAAACACAAAACGGUCAACAACAGGUACCAUGGAUGAACCAGAUUCCACCAUACAUGUACAACUUUCGAGGCCCCAUUCAGCAAAUCCCGGCAUAUUACCCUUAUUACCCAGGCCAUGUGGGGUGGGCCCCACCCGGUGGCAUGGUACCAUCCAAAACUCACAAGCAAUCUCGGAAAAAGGAAAAAUCUUUGGAUGCAAACGGCACAGAGGCCUCCUCCGAAGAGGACGAACAAACCGGAUCGGGCACGGAGAUUGAUUCAGAUGAGGCAAACGAGCAUGAUAAAGAACUUUUUUCAAAGGGGAAAAGACCUUCUAACAAGCACAAGAAAAAGGGUUCAAAAACAGUUGUUAUUCGUAACAUAAACUACAUUACAUCCCAAAGGCUCCAUGGAGAAAAUGAAAAUAGCGAAGAUGCGUCAGAAGACGAUGAAGGUGUAGAUAACUCGAAAAGAACACAUAAAAACAGAGGAAAACAGGGUUCCAAUUAUCAGAACUUAAACGGUUAUGGCGAACAAAAUAGUGAAAUUGGCAUCCAUACAAAUAUUUCUGAUGGAGGAAAAGCAAACAAUGCUUGGGAUGCUUUCCAGAAUCUUCUCUUAACUCAUGAAGAGUCUGAUUCUAGUGAGUUACCGAAGCAUCACCCUGGAGAAGAACAUUAUGUCAUGAAAACUUCUAAUGGAGCGCUUUUAAGAAAGCCUACCGAUGGUGUUAAUGAUUCGGUUCUUUUGGUACAGAGACAAGGGUCUAACGGCGGCCAAGGAAGCUCGAUUGAUUUUGUUAAUGGUGAAGGUAUUUGCUUAAAUACGAAGAGAAACAUUUUUGAAGGCGAGAAUGCAUUGUUUUCAGAACAGUAUAAAGGAGGUACACAGAUGAGUUCAGCUGAUUUUUCCACCGAGCAAACAACUGUCAAGAACAGGAAAGAGGAAGAUUGGUUUAUUGUUAACAAGUCAUCCGAAUAUUCGGAAACACAAGGGUCCAAGAAAUUGGACCAAAAUGAAAAUACCAUUUUUCAUAAAGAAACUUCUUUGGUCGAUGAUUCUUUCAUUAUAGAGUCGAGAUCGGCAGUAGAUGAGCACUAUAAUCCUAGUUGGACAACAGAUAUCAAUAUCGAAGCUGACAUUGAUGUGCCCAAGCCUGGAAAAGGAAGCCCAACUAUUUCGGGCUCUGCCGAGCCCAAUGACCUCUGCAUGGUUCUCGUGAGAGAGUCGCAAGAAUCUAGCGCCUCAUGGACCCUGGAAAUGGAUUAUCAAGUCGAGAUAUCGUUUAACGAAGCUGAUAAAAAAAAGUCUUCUGCUAUCGAAUCGAAUGGUCACGCUGGGAAAGAAUCUGUGGCGAAUGGUAAAAGUGCCAACAAGGGAAAAAGAGAUGUGGGACCCACGACGAAAAAGAUUGGAAGGGACAUAUCGAAAAAGAUGGAUUCUAUCUCCAAGAGCAAGAAGAUGUCUCCAGCAAUGGCACAUAAAUACAAGUUGAUGAAGGAAGAAGAGGAGCGUAAAAGAAUGGAGGAAUUACGCAUUCAACGGCAGAAGAGAAUAGCUGAAAGGACAGCUGCCAGCGGUUUGACUUCCGCAGCAUGUAAGAAGCUUCCGGUGGGGAAUAAGUCAACCCCUCCGAAACCCGUGAAGAACAAAUCUCCAUCCACUAAACUCGCUGCAUAA